CAUGCGUGAGCAUCCACGUCACACAUGAGCCCCCAAAGCUGAAUCCAAUUGUAGGUAGACUCCGAAGGCCACAAAGUAAUAUUAUAUAUUUAUAUCAUUCUUCCACGUUGACUCCAUUCUCAAAACCAAAGUGCUCUCCUUAUCCCAAUCCAAUCCAUAUGAUUCAGAUUGCAUGGCAAAUACUAGCCACCUAUUCCACCCUCCUCCUCCCUCACCGAUUUUUGACUUCGAAAAUAUUGACCAAGAACCCAAAUGCCCAUCCCAAUAGGUAAUAGUAUUCUUGGUCAACCCCUGUACAAAAAUCCAAGAAGUCCACCCCGGGGUUUACCACCCUCUCUCUUCAUAUAACUACAGACACAUGAGCUCCAAUUCAAACAUCCCUAGCUCGAGAUACAGAAGAACGCUCGACCAAGCAUAAACGCCAACCACCUGCCGGAUUCCGGUGAACAUGAGCCGAACGCAAGAAGGCGCCGCCACCGCCGGUGAGAGGAAGUACAAAGGGGUGCGUCGUCGGAAAUGGGGGAAAUGGGUGUCGGAGAUCCGGGUCCCGGGAAGCCACGAACGCCUGUGGCUCGGCUCCUACGCUACCCCGGAGGCUGCAGCGGUGGCCCAUGACACCGCCGUGUUCUUCCUCAGAGGGCCUGACUGGUCGCAAGGUCUCAAUUUCCCCGACCGCGUCGCAACGUGUCCAUGGACUGGCUUGUCGCCGACGUCGAUACAGAGGGUGGCGUCGGACUCCGGGAUGGCGGUCGACGCGCAGUUGGCGGUCCGAGUGCCCCAAGCCCAAAUGCAGCCGCCGGCACAGAGAGCUGAGGUUGGUGCAAUGGAGGAUGUCAAUGGGAGAGAGGGUGGAGAGCAUGGUUAUUUGUAUGAGGGGAGUGAACUUGGAGGAGAUAUAUGCAAUGAAGACAUGGAUAUCAUCUAUAUGUAGAAUCGCUAUCAGAAGUUAAACUUGGAGAUGAAGAGCUACACUUGACACCAUUUGACAAGUUCGAUUCCUGGUUUUUAAGGAGGGAAGAAGCCUAUACUGAAAGGUCUUAUUUGAUCCACUUCAAGUGGGGGGAAAUAUGCUAUGACUUUUGUUAUUUGAAAAAAAUGGUUAGAAAUUUUUUUUCCUAGAAAAAGAAUCCUGAGAUACUGCUCUUGCUGUUUCUUAAUAUCUGGAUGGUUCAGAACUUUGAUCGCUUGAAGACUUUUUGACUGUUUCCUGCUUCCGUUUCAAACUCAGCAUCUGGUGACAUAAAAAAAAAAGAAAAGAAGAGAAAAACGUGGCUUUCGGGAACUUGUGGUGUACAUCACUAGCUAUUAUUUCAAGUACGGAGAAGUGGGAGAGGAUCUAUCCAAUGAAAAUUUUUGACUACUAGUGGCUUAGCUUUUUGUACAGGUAGAAAUCCAAAGACUUGCAUGCAUAAGAGGUCAAGCUUUUAAGGAUCAAUUCCUUGGAUAGAGGCAGGAUUUGAUUAGGGAAUAAACCGUGAAUAAAGUUUCAAAUACACCUUAUAAUUGUCAAAAUAAUCUUUAAAAAAGUGGACAUAAGCAAUAUAUAAUCACACCACUAGACCUAAGCUCUAUUAGGCUGUGAGGAAGUCCAAACUGCUGGAUUAGCAACAACUAGUUGGCAAAACCAAAUCUAUGAGUUUAAUUUCCCUC